UAGUAGUACAUGCAACCUUGAGGCUCUGUACGUAUCCAACGUACCAUCCAAGAAACUCAGCACUAUUUGCAUAUUAGGCGGUUGCAUCCUGCUUCUCGAAUCCCUUACACUAUCACUCACACUCGCUGAAUCACUAAGUUUCCGUCAAUUGCGACAGUAAACCAUUCCUUCCAGCGCGGAACAACGCUUGGAUACUCCAAUCCAGGCUCGUACCAUCACUAUUAUCAACAGCAUCGAUAUCUAGGCCACUCAACUAUACCGACUUGAUGGAGAAGACGCCAACCAUCGCCAUCAUUGGCGCAGGGCCCUCUGGUCUAACUCUCGCACGUCUUCUCCGGGUUGCUGAUGUCAAGGUUGCCAUCACCAUCUUCGAACAUGACACCUCAGCCAAAUCCAGAAAGUACCAAGGCGGCACCCUCGAUCUUCAUCCCGACACUGGUCUUGCGGCUGUGAGAAAGGCUGGUCUGUGGGAUGAAGCGUUCAAAUACUUACGAUACGACGCCGAAGAACUCGUCAUCGCCGACAAAAACGCCACCGAGUUAAUGCACAUGAAAGAGCAGCCCAAGACGGCCGACAACAAAUUUGCACGACCCGAGAUCGAUCGUGAGGUCCUGAAAGAUAUGUUGUUGGCCAGUGUGGACCCUUCGAUCAUUCGCUGGGGAAAGGUCUUGCAAUCGGUGAAUGAACAAUCUGGAAUACUGACAUUCCGAGAUGGGACAACGGCGGGGCCGUUUGACUUGGUUGUCGGUGCGGAUGGCGCCUGGUCCAAAGUCCGCCCGGUCCUGACGAGUGUGCGCCCGUCGUACUCUGGCGUGUGUGGAUUUCAGUGCCGCAUCACCAAACCUGAUGAGGAGUAUCCGCAUAUUUCGAAAAUGGUCGGCCGCGGGAGCUACUUCUCAUCAUCUGAUCGGAAAUCUCUGAUGGCGCAACGGCUGGGCGACGAAACACUGAAGGUCGCCCUCUGGCUGAUAAAGGACGAAAAUUACGCAAAGGAUAUUCUGACGGCCUACGGUUCCGACGAGAAACAGUUAAAGGCAAAGAUUCUUGAGAAUUUAGCUGGCUGGGAACCCAAAAUGAAGGAAUGGAUUGAGGUCGGGACCGAUUUUCAGUCGUGGAAUUUAUAUGAACUUCCCGUCGGACAUAAAUGGGACCAUAAGAAAGGCUACACUCUUGUCGGAGAUGCCGCCAGCCUGAUGACCCCUUUCGCUGGCGAAGGAGUGAACAAAGCCAUGAGAGACUGCUUGGAGCUGGCUGAGGCGAUUGAAGCUUCGCUCAAGGAGGGCACCGACAUCGAUGUCGGGAUCCAAAAUUACGAAGUCAAGAUGUUUCCCCGGGCCGAAUAUUUCCAAGAAAAGACAAUGGGAAACAAGGUCGCGCUGUUCAGUGAGUCUGGACCUGCGAAUUGGUUGGCCCGUCAGGUCACGUUUGUCAUCAAAGAAGAACUCGUGGAUGUCGAUAAAGGUCUUGGAAGACUGGUGCCUGUACGAUUGACUUGUUAUGUAAUUUUCCGCAUAAUCCAGAUCUUCGGAUCGUGGAAAAGAGGGAUCAGGGAGCGGUUCGCUCGAUAAAAGCUGGGUCAGGGGCAAGUUGGGUCAUUGGUUGAAGUUAAAUCGGAUUGUGUGAGCGUUAUGACUGCGCUGGCGUUGGUUGGUAUAGGUAAAGUUGUCCCUUGAGAAAACAAAGUAGACAUGGACCACAGUUUGUUCCGACCAAUCUUCUGGAAAUUUCAGCCCAGAUCUGAUUCAGACGCCUCCCGCUCAGUUCCUUAGAUCUAAAGCUACCUGUGGAGCGCAAGUUUUCUAACAACAACCAGACCAUGCAUCACUAGAUAACAUUU